AUGCCUGGACGGGCGCCCGGCACUACACUUACCCCAAGACUUCCAUUCAACGAAGAUAAGAUGCGUGUGGGUAUUGUUGCUGUUGUGCUGGUCCUUGCCUGCUGGACCACUGUCAAGAGUGCCUUCUUCGGAGGUCCAUUGCUCGGGUUGGUCGCCCUCAAGGCCUUAUUGGCAGUCAAGCUUGGAAGUGGACUAUUUUUGGGGAAGCGUUCUGUUGAUGAUCCAGCUCGGGAAGAAGAGAAUGUUUUGUUGUCCUCCGUGAGUGAAGUCGACCAAGACGGAUGUAUUCGUAAGAUGUUGUGCCAACUGCAGACGAAGGAGGAAACAUCCCGUACCCUGGAGGAGAAACUUCUAGCUAAGUUAUUCACCAACAGCGCCGAAAAGAUUACUCCUUACAACGCUGCCUUUGUCUACGCCACAGAUAUCGGCAUGAAGACUCGCAACGCUGCCGUCUGCGCCGAGGUCUUCAACCAGUGCACUCUGAGUGAGUCGGAAAUGAUUGACCUUCUGCAGAAGACCUGGGGCUGCGGAUUCAACUUCCCUGAAGAGUCUGUUAGGCAGUAAAGUAUUAACAUUCGCCUGGGAGCGUUUAUGACACUCUCAGAUGUGCCAUAAACACCUUCACCUGACCACUCCUGAAGCUGGUGCCACACCCUCCAAGAUCACCCAAGCACUCUUUUAUCAGUUAAAUUUAUUCUGAAUGAUGCACAUGAAGAGCACCCUUUUACCAGUUAUUGUAUGGAGAGCUACAUGUUCACUGAGCAUGUUGUGGAGGGGUUGCACACAGUAUGAGAGAAUGUGUGAGAUUAUCACCAAACUUUGCUUUGAAAUCAUCCUCUAACGCUCUUCAUGUCCAUUCUUAAUAAUAGUUGUAACUUUCAGUGUUAGGGUCAUAAUAAUUUUAUUAUUAUUAGAUAUCAGCAGAUAUUUGUUAUAAUACACAAAAGAGCAACCAAUUUCCUUUGUAGUGAGAUGUUUUGUUAUAAAGAAUGUAGUUGUAACAAAGGUAUUGGGGUUAGUGUUGUAUUUAUCUCAUGUGCUUGUCAAUAAAUCUUUGGAAUGG